ACACGUGUGUUUCACGUCUUCUUUCACCUAGUCUCAUUUUAUACCUUUCAGAUAUUUCAUUAAUCGAAUAUUAAUUUGUUAUGCUCUUUUGUGUUCGUCGUCGAUUGUCGGUGAUGGCUGGUUUCAUCAUCGUCUGCUGUUUCUUCUUCAAUUUCGUCAUCAAACAACCAAACAACAAAGAUCUAACCUUAAUUGAGUUUACCGAUGAUUUUAGUAACGAGACGGGAGCCGACCGCUACAUCGUCCCCAACAUCAUCCACUUUAUUCGCUUCAACAAAUUCGAACUCAAUUUCGUCGAUUACGUCGUUUUAAAAGCGGCGAUGCGCAACCACAGGCCGGACCAUUUUUAUUUCCACACCAACAUCAAGAACGUGACCUACGACGGCAAGUACUGGGACUGGGUGAGGAAAGACGAGCAACUUUGGUCCCGCAUUCGAGUCAAGUACCUCGAAGCUCCGACGGAAAUCUUCGGCCAGAAGCUGAGCGACAGAUGGCGGUUCCACCACGGGAGCGACAUCGGACGCAUCCGUGUUCUGAUGCAAUACGGCGGCAUCUACCUGGACAACGACUGCUUCGUCAUCCGCUCGCUGGACAAGUACCGCAAAUUCGAGUGCGCCCUCAACUGGGACGAGAAGCAAUUCAUGGGCACCCAAACUCUCAUUGCACACAAGAAUUCCCGUUUCAUCAAACUCUGGCUGGAAUCUUACAAGGCCAAUUAUCAUUCGGAUCGAUGGUACUACAAUGCGGGAGAACGGCCAACGACUGAAAUCCUGUUGCCGAAACCGCAUUUGAUCCAUCGCGUGAAAAAUAAUUUCGGGGCUGACACAAGUGUUUCAAUGAGUCUCUACAAGAAUCUGAAAUUUGAUUGGCGCCAUUUGGAUAUCAUCCAUUUGCUCAUGAGUCACCGCAGUUACCUGGAUCCCAAUUACAACAAGACUCCCGUCUUCGACGAGAACAACAUCCGCACUUACGAGUAUCCAUUUGGAGACAUGGUCCGCCAAGUCCUCGACAUGCAAUCACCUUCUUCUCCUAGUCCAUAAAUAACCCACCGCGCCAGGUAUUAAUGUCUAUCAAAUGCGAGUGGAUUAUUUGAUAAAUCGUAAAGUUAAUGCGACGAUAGUUAGCUUUACAAAUAGCAGAUUUGAUUCGUUAUUAUUCAUUAUUCUUUGGGAUUACACCGAAUUUUAUCCGAGUAAUUGAGCAAUUGUUUUAUGAGGGUGGGAUUUAGCCACGUAGUCGUACAAAACUAAAGAUUGCAGGUAUACAAUUAACAUAUUAGAAGCCGUUCUUGUAUAUAUAUAACAACCUUGGCCAUUUAGACAUCUAUAACCGGAUUAUUAAAUCUCUGACGAAUAUGGGCGGGGCCGCCAAAGGAUAGGAAUGAAGGGGGUCUAGCGAACGUGUCAAUUCUUUCAACACAAACCGGGUUCAAAAAGUUUUGUACGACAAAAGUGUCACAUCUUUUAUCUAAUAUCCCAUCAGGAAGUGCAGCUUUUAAAGAAUUUUAUUUCGUUUCUUAUCGUUCUGGCGUCAAUUCAAACUUAAAGUGUCAAAUUUGAGUCGGUCAAAAUGUAACGAAUCUAACGCUGACUAGAGUUUUUAACAGCGGGCCGUCACAUACUAUAAAUAUCGUAUAAUCGUCCCUCGUUACCAAAGGAGACCAAUUUCAACUAAAUCUAUGCACAUAAUCAAACGACUAUUGCCAUUGUAAAUUCAGCUAUAAAUAAAUGUGAACUUUUGAACGGGUUGAAUAUAGUUUAUUUUUAGCUGGGCGAUUGCACUUGCUCUUCAAGCACAUGGCCAUUUAAGGUGACUAUUAGGACCGGGUGAUGGGGUCGCCAAUGUGAUAAGAUCAAUUUCGCUAGACCCCCAUUUUUCUAUUAAUAGAAACAUUUACUCGUUGAAUUUAACGUCGAGGAAAUUAAAACGAAACCGGUCUCAUCUCCGAAUCAUUUCGGGAUGGGCCGUCCUUGAUAUAAAAACGAAGAUCGCCCAGCUUUUGACACGGCAGUCGUUCGAGAGUCAACGACUAAAACAACAACUCGAAUUUUCGAUUUUCUUCCGCAAAUUCUUCCACAUCGAUUCAAAAUGAAGACCUGCUGUCCGUCGAUCCUUUUCUUCCUGCUGGCCAGCCUCACGGCCGUCGCCAACGUCUCUGCUGCAACAACAACAGUGACUACGACGAUUACGACGACGACCAACGCAGUUUGCGGUAGCAUGGCGACGGGCGUCUCUUCCAGCACCCUGACCAACUGCCGACGCCGACGCCAGUACUGGAUCGACGUCCCCGCCUACAUCGCCUUGAACGACGACGUCGACAACCAACUCGUCCAAUAUUUCAAUCCUACCAGGACUUAUCAGGUGGAGCCGACUGUAAGGCCGUUCAAAUCCAAUCAUCAGCCAAUCGAUUAUCAGCCGGCUUAUUGGCUGGGAUCAUUCUUCCCCACACAUUCCGAUGUGAUCCAGCCUUCCGUCGUGUCGGCAACGGACGUCGAGCAGAAGGCUCUGAAAACGGGAAUGGCAGCUCUGAUUGCCUUGAUUAAGAGCGUCCUGGGUUCGAUCAUACCUACUACGCCUGCCAAUUCCUCCGAUGUGACAACGACGUCGACGAAAACGGUCACGGUCAUCAGCAGCACGAAAACCAUUUUCGUUUCCGGCUGCAAGCCCAUGCCGUUCCCUUUCUCGACUUGUCAGUAACAAAUUUGAAUUUCCCGCCAUUUUAACUUUUUCUCAAGUAGUUUAAAUUUCCCGCUGUUAUUUAUAUAUCAUGAUCUAUUGCCAUUUAAUUAUUGAUUGAAUAUCCAGCCCAAUUAACCGAGAAUACACGGGGACCCAAAAUAA